AUUUUAAUUAAAGCAGCUGUGUAUAAGGAGAACUCAGACCUCUUUAAAAGAUUCAGUAGUUUAGGAACGAACCAGGGCUGUAGAAAUGCCCGGCCUCCUGCACCUCCCGUCGGUUCUGUGCUCCGAGGGCGGGAGCGUGGACCCUGAGGGCUCCUUGAUUAUGCCCCACUGGCCUUUCACCCUGCGUGGUAACUACCAGGCUCGGUUUUCCUAACUAGCCAAACAGCAAGUUUCUGGCUUGCUUAGUCACUAAAAGAGAAAAAUUUCGAUCUUUUCUAAUCAGAAGGGAGUAAUUUUCUCUAUUUAAAAAUAUUCGUAUAUACAUUAAAAAAAAAAACAGAAGGGAAUGCACAGGAUUUUAUCAGUGGUACUCCUCGAGUAGUAGAGAGUUCAUCUUUUUAUGUAUUUCUAAAUUUUCUACAAUUUACACACACUGCUCUGUACUAGUAAAGGAGUAUUAACUCUACAGCUUCCAGUUUAUCUGGGAUUACUGCCUUGUGUUUACUGACUUUAAGACUAUGGUCUCUUUAGCAAUCACUUGCCACUGCCUUUUCCUGAAGUGCUUACCUGGUGUUAGGUGCACUAGAAUUUCACUAAAAUAAUAAAUUUAGUUUAUUUUCCCUGACUUGUUCUGUGCAUGUACGUACAUGGAUAUCCCUGGGGAUGUCCUAUAGCAUUGAUUAUCCCGUAGGGUUGGCACAGCAGGGAGAGGAGGUAGGGAUAAAAAACUUUAUUAUUUCUGCAUGGUUUAAAUGUUAUGCAUUGUAUUGCUUUUGUAAUUAAAAAAAUGUUAAUUUAUAUUAGUGCAGGUAGGUUAAGUGCUGUAGCAAUUCACCCCAAUAGAACAGUUGCAUGUUUCUUGCUCACACAGUCCUGUGUAGCGGUUUCUAGGCAGACGAUUCCUUUGGGCAGCUCUCUGCAAGCUGCAGCCUAAAAUUCAUCCAUCUUGUGGUUUUCUUCCUUAGGCCCUCUGAAUUCUCCGCAUUUAGCUAGUGGGUGGGGAAAGAAGAGAGGCAGUGCGGGAGGGAUUUAUGGGCCAGGUACUCAACGACAUGGCUGCACUUAAUUGCACGGGAAGCUAGGGAAUGUAGUUUAGUUCUGUGUCUAGAAGGAAAGGGAAGUGGCUUAGUGAAAAAGGAGCAGCACCUACUGUAGUCUCUCUUCUGGUGACCAAAUACCUGCUUCACUCUUGAUCCCACAUGGAGAACACACUGUCCCCAACCCAAGAGAGACACUUUGUCAAGGUGCCUAGUGCAACACAGAACAUUUCCCAGGAUUGCACAGUUCGCGCCAUCAGGCCUGGCUGUGGUUCCUCGUGGUCCAGAGCGCUAUGGACUAAGAAGACAAACUAGUUGCUCUCCCCACUAAAAUGCAGUGGUUAAAUAUGACCAUGGUUUUUGUAACCAUCUCCCUUUUGGAAAAAGGAGACACAUGGCAGACACUGUUCUGUAGCAGUUUUGAAGUGAUGCUGGGGUGGAGGUGGGAGGAAUUUCCUAACUAGACCCUGAAUCUGCUAUCUGGGAGGAAUUCCCUUGUCCAUUGUUCUUUUUCUUUCCUUUGAGACAGGAUGUUACUCUGUUGUCCAGGUUGAAGUAGAGUGGCACGAUCACAGCUCACUAUAGCUUCAACCUCUGUGGCUCAAACGAUCCUCCCACCUUAGCCUCCCCAGCAGCUAGGGCUACAGGCAUGCACUGCCACGCCUGACUACUUUUUUUUUUUUAAAGUAGAGACAGGGUCUCACUAUGUUGCCCAGGCUGGUCUUGAACUCCUGGGCUCAAGUGAUCCUUCUGCCUGGGCCCCACAAAGUGCUGGGAUUGCAGACGUGAGCCGUUGUGCCUGGCUUGUUUUCUGAGGCCCUUGAUUCUACCCUUGGUCCUUUUCCUCCAUGGUCUCAUCUGAUGUGGCUAUGAGGAUGCUGUCUUGGAAGGCUGCCAUAGUUCACUCCUGGAGCAUGGCAGUGGGAACCAGGCAGUCAGCCCUGAGCCCACCGUGUGCCCUUAUUCUGUUCGUUGCUUGAUACUUCUUAGGCCUCAUCGUGUCCUCACGAGCACAGCAGCAUGUGGUCUGUGUGUAUCUCGUCAGCUCUUUGUGCUGGUGAUGCCACUGUCGUUCUUCCUGUGUCUUCUGUUCAAGCCUGACUUUGUUUUCUUUUGGUCUCCUGGUCAGCUGAUACCCUGAGGUUGUGUGGAACUAAGGCUUGAGUGGGAAGGUAGCCAUCCUAGGUCAGAUCUUUGCUGAAAGGCCAAGACCUGAUGGUCCUUCAUCCCUCCCUGCAGCCUCUCAGGGCACUCAGGUGUCCCAGUGCUGCAGCCACUGCUCUUUGUUCGUUCUUUUCCUGUCCAUUCCGCUUGCACACCAGCCAGUUCUCUAGUCCAGUUCCGUGUGUUGGCUGCUAAUGCUUAUUCUUUGCAAUAAUUUCCUGUAGGGUUGCAGGAUGAGUAAGCCUGUGGUCAGUUUUCUGCGUUAUUACAGGUUGUUGCAGUUGAACGUGUUUGUCACUGCCUAAUGUGAGUCUUGAGCUUUUCCCCUCCUGAAUUUGUUUCUGUGCUGCAUCACUCAAGUCACUCAGCAACAUCCUACAGCGUCACUGAAGCGUCCUACUUCAAGGUACCCACAUCGGUCAAGUUACUUGAAAGAAAUUUUGGUGCAACGCCUAGAGGAAGCCACAGUUGACGUUUCAGCAUUUGACAUAACGUAUCCAAAACAGAAUCUAUGCUUCUCUCCUGCCAAACCUGUUCUUCCCAAGCUCAAUUGAAGAUGGAAAAUCCCCAGGACAUUUUCUCAAGUAAUGGUGGCUGUCUAAGUGAUAUAGUUAUAGAAAAAUACCUGGUUGAAUCCAAGGAGUCUGUGUCUCAUGUUCAGCUUGCUUGCAGCCUGCAGGACUGUGCUUUCCCUUUGGAUGGGACUGAACUUUGUAUAUGGAACGCUAAGGAUCCUUCUCAUCAGCUUCUAAUCCUACGAGGACACCAUCAGCCAGUUACUGCUAUAGCUUUUGGAAAUAAAGUGAACCCACUUCUAAUCUGCUCGGCAUCACUGGAUUAUGUUAUAAUGUGGAACCUGGAUGAAUGUAGAGAGAAAGUACUUCAAGGGCUGGUCCCUCGAGGGACUGUCAUGGGCUCGCUUUUGGGAAAGGUGCUGUGUUUACAGUUGAGCCCAGAUGAUCAUGUUGUCGCCGUGUGUGCUGGAAACAAAAUAUUCAUGCUGGAUAUUGAGACUCAGGCUGUCCGGGCCGAGCUGCAGGGCCACCUGGGCCCGGUGACUGCGGUGGAGUUCUGUCCCUGGCGAGCAGGCACCCUCAUCUCGGUGUCCGAGGACAGAGGCUUUAAGGUCUGGGAUCAUUGUACAGGAUCAUUAAUAUACAGUUCAUCUGUGUUAUCAGCAUAUCCUCUGCUCAGCGUAUUCAUCGAUGCAGAAAGCAGGCAGCUGGUCACUGGGUGUGCUGACGGCCAGCUUUGGAUCUUCAGUUUGAUGGAUGGACACCAUUAUCGUCGUGUGGCACGGGUUGACCUAAGGAAGAAGACAGAGACUUUCUCCACAAGAAGGGUUAGGUCUGGGCUGUGCAGCCAGCGAGAAGAAAGCCAGCUUCUCUCUACAAGUGCUCUGGGAAAAGGAGAGCAGGUUGAAGUAACAUUUCCUGUACUGAGACUUGCACCCUGCGAUCUCUCACUCAUCCCAAAUUCUGCAUGUGGAUGUCUUUCUUCUGAGAACACCCAAUGCAUGUGGAUCGGAAGCUCAGUGGGCUUAUUCGUAUUUAACCUGGCAAACCUGGAAGUGGAAGCUGCUUUGUAUUACAAGGAUUUCCAGAGCCUCAGCAUCCCGCUGGCCGGAUCGUGUGCCCUGAGGAACCGCACUGCGGAUCGAAAGGCGCUGUGCUUGCUGGCCUCCCUCUUUGGCGGGAAGAUUGCCGUGUUGGAGAUCAACCUGGCCGCGCUGGUCAGGACUCAGCAGUGUCCCAGCAUGGGGCAGAGCCUCUCGGUGCCAGCCAGCUCCUGUGUCCUACCGACCUCUCCACUGUAUCUGGGAAUUGCCAAGGAGAAGAGUACCAAGGCUGCUAGUGAACAGCGAUGUGCUGCACGGAACGUCAUGAAGGACCAACGCCUGGUUUUCCACAGUAAAGUUAGGUCGUCUGGUUAUGCGUCAGCACCACGUGUAACUAUGUUUUCGCCGAAGACCAACAUCAAGAGUGAGGGGAAAGGACCUUCAAGACGCAGGAGCAGCUGCGCACGGGAGGCGUACCCCAUGGAGUGUGCUGUGCCCACCAAGCCCGGCCCCCAGGUCGCCGCCGCCCCCACCUGCACACGUGUGUGCUGCAUCCAGUACUCAGGAGAUGGGCAGUGGCUGGCCUGUGGGUUGGCCAACCAUCUGUCACUCAUUUUUGAUGCCAGCCUGACGGGGACACCUGCUGUGUUUUCAGGUCACGACGGGGCUGUGAACGCUGUGUGCUGGAGCCAGAACCGGAGGUGGCUGCUGUCUGCGGCCCGGGACGGGACGCUGCGGGUGUGGUCGGCUCGUGGGGCAGAGCUCGAACUGCUUCUGGGCAAAGACAUGUUUUCUAAACCUAUACAGUCUGCACAGUUUUAUUAUAUAGAUGCCUUUAUAUUGUUAUCUUCUGGCCCUGAAUUUCAGCUACUGAAGUAUCACAUCGACACUUGCAAAGAUGAGGUUAAGAGAUAUAAACAGAAGAGCAAGUCCAAGCUGAUUUGCAGGCUCUCCACGACGGGUGCAGUAGACAUGACCAGCUUAUCAGCAGUCAAUGACUUUUAUUCCCACAUCGUACUCACAGCUGGCCGGAACAGGACCGUGGAAGUGUUCGACCUCAACGCCGGCUGCAGUGCAGCGGUGAUAGCGGAAGCCCACUCGCGGCCUGUCCAUCAGAUCUGCCAAAAUAAGGGUUCAUCAUUUACAACCCAACAGCCUCAGGCUUAUAACCUUUUCCUGACCACGGCCAUUGACGAUGGGAUGAGACUGUGGGACCUGAGAACCCUGAGGUGUGCGCGCCACUUUGAAGGGCAUCCAACCCACGGCUAUCCAUGUGGAAUCGCUUUCAGUCCUUGUGGACGAUUCGUGGCUUGUGGGGCCGAGGACAGACACGCUUACGUGUAUGAAAUGGGCUCAAGCACAUCUUCUCACCGGCUGGCUGGGCACACGGACACCGUCACUGGAGUGGCCUUCAACCCAUCAGCACCCCAGGGAGAUAUAAGUGACAGCCACCUGGUGGUCAGGAGGACAAACUGCCACCGUGUCUCCAUACCCUGUGUCCUGAACACCACUGGGAAGCCCUCAGCAGACGCUCCACAGGCCACCAGGGCGAUCAGGGCACUAAACGCCAAGCAGGCUUCACACACUGCCAAAGUCCAGGUGACCAGAGAGUACGUCCGGACACAAAGGUGACACAGUACUGCAAACAUUGGAAGAUGCGUUGAUGCGAAUUACAGGAAAAUCAAUUGUGACCCAGUAUA